AUGGCUGACUCAUCAAUUCUUCACACUCCAUUUGAUCAGCUUCCUGACCCGAAGCGCGUUUGGGUUGGGAAGCCCGGGAGCCGCGAGGAAGGCCUGGGAAAGCUGCAGCUGCUGACCCCAGAAUGCGUCGCCAAGGCUGCUACAUCCGAAAUUCGUACGGGAAGGAGGGUAACGCUCAACUGGGACCUCACCAGGCUUGAGCAUGCCGCCUUCAAUCGCCAGCCUUGCCAACUUAAAAUCGUACCGUUGCUUGGGGGCGUGGCUUUCGAUGAUAUUUACACCUUUAACCCCCAACAAAGCAGUCAAUGGGAUGGCCUCCGACACUUCUCACAGCCAGUCACCGAAGGCAGCACCGAGCGUGUCUUCUAUGGCGGCACCACCAAGGAAGAGAUUCUAGACCCUAAGAAUGAUCGCAUCGGCAUGCAGCAUUGGGGAAAGGCGGGAAUUGCUGGCCGCGGAGUCCUCAUUGACUACGUCUCAUGGGCUGAGAAAAAAGGCAUCAAGUAUACCACUUUCUCUCAGCAUGAGAUCAAGCUGAGCGAGAUUCAUGAGAUCGCCAAAGAGUGCAAUAUCACCUUCCAGAAAGGUGAUAUUCUGUUCGUGCGCAUCGGCGUGACCAAAGAGUGGGACCAGCUCAUGGACGAGUCGGCCAAGAAGGCGUAUGCGGCCAAUGCAAGUCCGCACCACGCUGGCGUUGAAGGCACCAUGGACGUUCUUCGCUGGCUCUGGGACUCGGGCUUCACAGCCAUUGCGGGCGAUGCAAUCAGCUGGGAGGUUUAUCCACCCAAGCCAGGAGGCAUCAUGAUGCACGAGUACAUCCUCGCAGGAUGGGGCGUUCCAAUCGGUGAGAUGUUCGAUCUGGAGGAACUUGCAGCCAUGUGCAAGCAGCUGAACCGGUGGACCUUCUUCGUCUCGUCGGUCCCACUCAAUAUGCCUGGUGGAGUCUCCUCGCCGCCGAACGCCAUGGCAAUCUUUUAG